AAAAGGGGGUGUGAAGGAGCCAAUUCUGACUAAUCGAGUGAAUUGGAAGAUCUUGCAAAACAAAAUCUGCUUCUUAGAAAUGAAUCAAACUUGCAGAUUUGGCAUUACAAAGAACAACUGCUAAAAGAAGAAGAAAUAUAUAUAAUCGAAUCACAAGAAGAACGAUAGAGAUCUUCUUGAUCGUGAAAUUGAGCACUGUGAAGAUGCAGAGAUCGUGGCAAGUCGUGGUUGUUUUCCUCCUUUCAAUCUCAGAGCUGCCAUCCUUUUCCUUUUCGAGCGCGGAGCUGCCGCUCACGGCGGAUGGAACGGUGUUGGAGCUCGACGAAUCCAAUUUCGAUCUCGCCAUUUCAUCAUUUGAUUACAUAUUGGUCGACUUUUACGCCCCAUGGUGCGGCCACUGCAAGCGUCUUUCUCCGGAGUUGGACGCUGCUGCACCUCAGCUUGCCAAAUUGAAGGAGCCUAUAGUUCUAGCGAAAGUGAAUGCUGACAAGUUUACUAGUCUUGCUAAAAAAUAUGACGUUGAUGCCUAUCCUACAAUCAAGAUCUUCAUGCAUGGGGUCCCAGUAGACUAUUAUGGACCAAGGAAAGCAGAGCUACUUGCCCGUUAUCUGAAGAAAUUUGUUGCUCCAGAUGUCUCAAUUCUUGAGUCGGACUCAUCAAUUAAUGAAUUUGUUGAAGCUGCUGGGCCUUACUUCCCUAUCUAUUUGGGUUUUGGUUUAGAUGAGUCUGUUAUUUCUAAAUUCGGUAUUAAGUACAAGAAAAAGGCCUGGUUUUCAGUGGCAAAGGGUUUCUCAGAGGAUAUGAUGGUAACUUAUGAUUUUGAUAAAGUUCCUUCUUUGGUUUCUAUUCAUCCAAAUUACAACAAUGAGCGGAGCAUCUUUUAUGGUCCCUUUGAAGAACAAUUCUUGGAGGAAUUCAUAAAACAAAGUCUAUUCCCUCUUGUUCUGCCCAUAAACUACGACACUCUUAAGCUACUAAAAGAUGAUGAGAGGAAAAUAGCACUCACAAUUGUGGAGGAUGAGGAUAAUGACCAGACAAAGAAUUUGAUCAAUUUAUUAAAGGCUGCUGCAUCUGCUAAUCGUGACUUGGUGUUUGCUUAUGUUGGGGCUAAACAGUGGGGAGAAUUUGCUGAUUCGUUUGGGGACAAGAAGACCACACUGCCAAAAAUGGUCAUUUGGGACGGGGAGGACGAUUACUUAAUGGUUACUGGUUCAGAAAGCAUCAUUGGGAACGACCACGCAUCCGAAAUCUCAAAGUUUAUUGAAGGAUAUAGAGAAGGAAAAACUGAAAAAAGAAGAGUUGCGGGCCCAGCAAUUAUUGGCUUCAUAAAUUCACUGAUAGGCAUCAGGACGGUAUACAUCAUUGUAAUUAUUGUUGCAGGAAUAAUGCUUUACCAAAACCUCACCAAAGACGAUAACGAAUAUCGCAGAGUCGAUAUUCCUGCUCGGGAUCAGGUCGAGCAAACUAGCAGCUCUACCUCACAGGUUGAAAGAAGUGAAUAUAAGGCUGGUGACAAGGAAGAUUGAACGUGGGUUUUGGUGAAUUUAUUAUUACUAGGAACUUUGAACGGCUUAGAAAAAGCAGGAAUUGGCAAGGAAUCAGAUGUGAAAUUAUCUUGGGAGUGAUGAUUGUGAAAUAACUGAUGAAAUGUGUAAUUUGGUGAUUAAUUCCCAUUCCCAAGCAUCCCUUUUACCACUUGCCAAAGAGAACUUGUGUAACUUAUAUUUGAUGUAUGCUCAUCUUGGAUACCAGUAGGUUUUUGGCUCAAUUUGAAUUGACUAUUGCAAUUGAGUUUUCACUCUUUCAUCA